AGUAAGGUGAGCUGAAAGUUGGCAACUAUGAGAUCAAUCACUGCUUCAUUCCGAUAGCGUCUAUACAUGGGUGGACCAGGUGAGAGGCAAACAGCCCAGAUACCACAGCACAGCUUAAUGGCUUAUCAUUUCAAACUCUAUCUGCACUAAGACUUCACUCCUUUUUCAUCGGAAUCGGUAUAUGAAUUCAGCUUUUUAUAAGACUUUCAAUGAUCAUUCAUGUCAUUAAGAGGCUCGGUUUUAAUCACCAUUCCGUUAGUCUUAUAAAUGUCUGCUAAACUCGAUAGAGAUUCACAAGUAGAUCUGACCCACCCAGAGGCACAAAAAGCAGGAUGGGCUGAGGAGAUUGACGUGGAGAAAGUUGACGGACACGAGACCGGAGCAGAGAUGACGGCUGAGCGCAGGCUCACCCGCAGCCCGAAGUGCGCGCGCUGCAGGAAUCACGGAGUGGUGUCGCGCCUCAAGGGCCACAAGCGCGUGUGUCGCUGGCGGGACUGUCAGUGCGUCAACUGUCAGCUCGUCGUAGAGAGACAGAGAGUGAUGGCAGCACAGGUCGCCCUCAGGAGACAACAGGCCACGGAGGGUAAGAAAUGUCAAAAAAACAGCUCUGUUCUCAGACGCUCAGCGUACCAGCGCUUGUCCCGAGCACCUAGUCUCCUGGCAAAAAGUAUUCUGGAGGGCUACAAGCCACCAGUGAUGGAGGACUGGCCAAAGAGGGUCCACCACACCCCAGUCAGUGUUCGGAUGAGGAAGAGGAGAGCCUUUGCUGAUAAAGAGCUGGACAGCGUGAUGCUAGACAAAGAGUUAAGAACCAGAGAGAUGAAGGAGUUACCUACUGUCCUUCUACAGGCUGUUGUACCCUCCACCCCUCUUCCAUUUUUUUACCCACUGUCAGACCAUAUCAUGCCCACAUACAUCCAUGUACCCAAAACUGUCCCACCGUUGAUUGACUCUGAUCUCCCCCACCUACAUAUGCUCAAGACUGUAGACUGUGGGGAGAACUGGGAUGUUGUCACAGAAAGUGAGUUGAGUCGGGAAUGUCUAUCAUCGCCUUUGGGCCGGUCGCCUGCACAUUGCUACAUAAUGAGCACGGGUGUCGACAUAGUUAAGACCUUGCCAGAGAGCGAUUCUGCUGAUGUGUCUGCUAUCAAGUCGAAAAGGUUUGCUGUUGACACUAUGUCAAAGCAAGACAUUGCACCUUCGCUUGCAAUGGGGGACCAGUUGGUACAAGAUAAAUUGCCACACAAACACAGCAGGUCAUCGGGACAUGAGGUACAAAUAGACUGUGUGGGAGGUGCAAAUCAAGACUCGAUCAAAAAAUCUGUAAAACAUCCAUUGCCGUUUUCUGUUGAGGCAUUGCUCAUGAGAUGAUAAAAGUUAUUUCUAUUUCACUGGAGAGCAUAGCUUCUUUCUUGUUAAGCAGUUUAAUGAAACAUAUUGGACUGUUUCAUUAUUUUUGAUUCAUUUAUAACCAAUUUUUGUAAUUAUUAGGCUAUAAUACGUUAUAAUGUACAAUAAAUAAUUUUUAUAGUCCUGUUUAAUUCAGUGUUACAAAAUAUUAAAUUACACAAGAUGGGAUAUGAAUGCAUAUUAUUUACCUUUAUAUUGUAAAUUCUUUCUUCUCUAUUUCACUAUAUUUGGAAGAAUGUUGGUAUUAUAACACUUUAUUCUUUAUUAUAAAAACAGUUGUCAUGCUAACCCUAUUUUUAAUGAUUCAUAUUUAAACAUCAAAUCAUAAAAAACACUAGGUUCUUUGUACUGUUACAGCAGUGUUCAUAAAAUAUUUUGAAUAAAAAAAACUAACAAUGAAAUGGCCUCCUAGACAGAAAACAACUCACAGUGUGAAGUUAAAUGAGCAAAACAGGAGCAGAAACAUGAGAGUUCAAAGCCAGGGAAUAAUUUUAAUAUGACCUCAGGAGAACAAAGACAUAUUUUCUCUCCACAUGUAUUCUACAUUUUAACACUAGUCAACACUUGAAGUGGAUCAAAACCUUUCAAAAAAGUUGUCUUAAACCAAUAACCAAUACCCGUUGAUGUUUUAGGACAACUUUUUCUAAUAAUGUACAUCACUGUGUUUAGCAUUACACUCUAAGUAGCAUACAUAGCAUACACUAAGCAUUGAUGUUUUUUCAAACAUUUUUCACUGUUGGGUUGUAAUUUAAAGGAAUAUUCAAUUUUCUUAAAAGAAAAAUCCAGAUAAUUUACUCACCACCAUGUCAUCCAAAAUGUUGAUGUCUUUCUUUGUUCAGUCGAGAAGAAAUUAUGUUUUUUUAGGAAAACAUUGCAGGAUUUUUCUCAUUUUAAUGGACUUUAAUAGACACCAACAAUUAACACUUAACUCAACACUUAACAGUUUUUUUCAAAGGACUAUAAACGAUCCCAAACGAGGCAUAAGGGUCUUAUCUAGCGAAACGAUUGUCAUUUUUUACAAGAAAAAUAAAAAAUAUGCACUACUAAACCACAACUUCUCGUCUAGAUCCGGUCGUGAUGCGCCAGCGUGACCCCACGCAAUACGUCAUGACGUCAAGAGGUCACAGAGGACAAACGUGAAACUAUGCCCCAGUGUUUACUAGGGAUGCACCGAUAGGAUUUUUUUGGGCCGAUACCGAUACCGAUUUAAACAGACAACUUCUGGCCGAUACCGAUGCCGAUAUUAAACACUUGUAUACAAUACUAUACAGUUGGUCUAUUAGCUAGUUUAUUUCUGCAUCAAAUUAUUGGAUCUGGAUGGAUUGGAUCUAAUUAACAUUUAACUGACCAACAUAAUAAGAGAGGCACAAAUUAAGCUAAAACAAAUAUAAUAAGACAGCAUGACAACCUUAAAAGGUGGUGUUUGCUAUUCAGCAUUUAUUUUAUUAACAACAUUAACAAAUUUUUUUACAUAUAAUGGAUUUCUUCAUGCAGUUAAUUAAUAAACAAUCGGUAUCGGCCUUUCUAGUGCUAUUGCCGAUAUGCCGAUGGUUUCAAAUUCAUCAAAAAUCGGCCGAUAAAUAUCGGCGGCCGAUACAUCGGUGCAUCACUAGUGUUUACAAGUGUUGAGAAAGAGGAGCGUUCCGACGUU